CUCAGAGACUGCCACAUACGAGACGUUCACGCAGUUCCUGCAUCUUUUCUCAAACAUCCCGCGCAUCAAAAUCCAAUAGCCAUCCGAUUCAGCAAUGGUUAGCUUCUGUCCUAUUUGUGGGAAGCCUGUUUAUUUUGGUGAGAAGAAGAGGUCAUUAGGACGAGAUUAUCACCCGUUGUGUUUGAAGUGUCACCGGUGUGGUAGACAUCUUACAGCUGGCCAGCAUGCAGAGCACGACGAGAAGCCAUAUUGCACUAACUGCUACAUGAAAGAUUUUGGACCCAGAAGUUGCCGAAAUCCUCUUGCACGGACCUUUAACAAACCUGCUUCUUAAGAAAAGUCCCGCCAUCUUGAAAUCCACAGCUAGAUCUACAAGAAACAACAUACCCAAACAGGAUUAUUUUAUUUUAGUACAUUCAAGUAACAAACUUUACAAAAAACAUUACUGGUUUGCAUCUCGAGACAAUAAGUGGUACUGAUAUGUAAAAUUACAGAAUAAACUAUAUUUUUGUAUUACGGAAAAUCUCUGUAAUUUAUUGUGCCUGUUAUUUUACGAUAUUUUCCCGGCACCCCAGCUGCCGGAAAUUGUACAGUUUUUUUACAGAUUUUUUUUCCAGUGAAAAAACAUUUUACGGAAUGUUACCGUUUUAUUUUACAGAUUUUCUAGUUUUUUUAAUGCUGUAAAAAAUUACAAAAAAAUACUGCAAAUUUACAUAUUCACUGUAAAAUCACAUGAAAAACAUGUCAAUGUGUGUUAAGAUAUGUUAGUACAUAUGUUUUUACAUUUUAAGGCAGCUCAAACAUGCAUAUUAGUCUGGGACAAGGAUAAGCCCUGUCUGGGAAACCGCUACUUAGUGUCUGUAUAUACAUAUUUUUAUAUGACAUAUUUGAUGCUUAAAUUUGCCAGAACCUUUCAACCAAACCAACAGCCUUUCUCUUAAGGCGCUUGGCUAUUUUCAUGGAUUUAUUGUGUUUCUGUUGUAUUCCUGCUAUAUUUUACCAUUUUCAUCAUGUGUAACAUCAUGUGUUUUGCUUCUCUGUAUAAAAUCUGUAUCCCAUUAAUUAACUGAUGAACCUGAAACACAAUGUGAAGUUUUAUGCUUUGUUUUUUUUUUCUUUUACUCCGAUUUCAUGAGAAAGCAAAUCUAUCUACAAAGCGAAAAUGUCAAUAAAUGAGCAUUGUCUUUUUAAUUAGGAGCAGUCAAUUUUGUCCCAAACCUCACGGUGCAUAAGGGAUGAUGGCUUUAUCAUUAUUGUAUGUUCAGGAAGAACGUGUGUUUGAUUUGAAGAUUUUAUCGGUUUCUUUCAUUAGUUAAAUAAAAGAAAUGUCACUCAUUCAAUUCAGAGAGCUGCCAACUAGUAAAUUGUCAACUCAUUGAAUCAAAUGAAUAAAUCCAAGUCUCUUAUCCUUAAA